UUGGUCUAAUCACUGCAGUUCAAAUCUAGGCAUCUCUUGCACGCUUUUGGUCAUCUUCAUUGAUCACCAACCUCACAAAACCGCACCCGAUAUACAUUAUAACCCUUCAUGAGCGCAUUGGGACAUACGAUGGCGUCCAUGUCUCGCGAUCGAAAUGGGAAGCCAAAUGCUACUAUCACCAGCAAUGGCUCUCAACCGCGUAGAUCGAGAAAUGGACGUAAUGCAAAUCCGAGCAAUAAUGUGAACAAUAACAAUCAAGCAAAUGCAGCAAGAGGUCAAAAUAUAAAUCAUCUUUUGGCCUUUACACUUCCUCCCAGAAUUCAUAAUCCCACUUCUCAUUCUGCUCCAAGAAGAAACAGAAGAGGUGCAAGUGCUGUUCCAUUCAACAAGGAGAGAUAUGUUAAUGCUCAAUAUCGAUUCCUCGUCAAACCUACUGGUGACUAUACAGCAUACUUUGCUGAUUCGGAUAUCUAUCUGAAUUGGUCAGACAUUCUCACCGUUUUGAUUCCAACUACAUCGGCUUUAUUCACCGCUUCUCAUUUAUCCGCCCUCGAAUCAUCAUCAUCUCAUGCACAUGGCGAUACCUCGGAAACGCACGAAGGUGCAUCGUGUCCUAUUUGUUUAUCUCGACCAACAGCUCCUCGAAUGACAAAGUGUGGACAUGUGUACUGCUAUCCUUGUAUCCUACACUACCUUAGCGUACACGAUGCUCCAGUAGCUUCAGGUUCAUCGACACCUCACUCCCACAUUCCGGGUGCAGCUCCUCGCCACACACCAACAUCAUCAAUCACUCCUAAUGCGUCGGUCGGACUUGCAAAUACGAUGACGCAGAAAUGGAAACGCUGUCCUGUCUGUUGGGACGCCGUCUACUCUCGCGAUCUGAAAGCAGUUCAAUGGUGGGAUCCUAAAGCUCGCGCACAAGAGUUUGAACAAGAUGUCGAUCAGACAGCUGCUUCGGCAAAACCCACCAGACCAACAUCUGAUGAUUACUUGUGUAUGCGGUUGAUUGAGCGACCUCAUUUGACAACAUUGGCAUUACCGCAAUCCUCCACUUGGCCAACAGCUUCGACUUCAACUUCCGAUCAACCUCUUAUCGCUCAACAUAGUGCUCCUUGGCAUUUCCAGCCUGAUGUGAUGACAUUCAGUAAAUUUAUGCUGGCAUCACCGGAUCUAUUAUUGAGCAAUCUCAAUAGUGAUUUGCAAGAAUUGGAAUCCGAAAGAGAAUUGUUGCAAUCUUUCUUAACAAAGGACGAGAUUGGGUUAGCGUUUGUCGGAUUGGCAGAACGCAAAGUACAUGAACAGAUGGAGAAAGUGACUAACGAACUAGAUACGCAAAGUGUUAAAAGUAGAAUGGGCUAUGCCCGGAAAGAGUUGACCGAACACUAUGAAGUCGAAAAGGGUAACAGAGCACGGGACGAAGAGGCGAUCAGCAGGAGACAACGUAAGCGAAUAGAGCGGGAGAAGAAAAAUGAUGAGAAUGUCGAGGCUUCAGUAACGAAGGAUGAGGCAUCAAAUCAGGAUCCUGUCCCAGAACAAACAGAAGGUACAGCAGAGUUCCUUGCCAUACAGUCUCAAAAGCAAGGUGGCACCACCCAAGAUAUACGGAUUAGCAGUGAUGAGAAUGACGAAAAGGAAGACAGAAAGGAUGGCAGACAGACGACGCAACGUACGCGAAAGAAUCUCAACCCGCCUGCACCAUCUUCCUCAAGCUUCUUCUUUUAUCAAGUGUCAUCCGGACAAAACAUCUUUUUGCAUCCCUUAGAUAUCAAGGUUCUCCUCUCUGCUCAUGGAUCUUAUUCUGCUUUCCCACCCACAUUGCAAGUAUGCGUACAAGGUGCAGAUGAAGGUAGCAUGAACGAAGAGAUGCGAAAGAGGUGCAAAUAUUUGACGCAUUUGUCUAAAGGAGCAGAUAUCGUGUUUAUCGAGGUAGACUGGGAAAAGAUGUUACGUGAUACAGAAGCGAAUAACGAACAGUCACCUGUUUCAAGAUCAGUAUUGCGCAUGUACGAUCAAGCAUUACGACAAAGGCGGAAUAGGCGUAGGGAUCGUGAACGAAGAGAAGAUCGAGCGAAAUUACGAUCUGAAGAACAAGAAAGGGCUUCGAGACCUCCGAUGACUACCAAUACGAUCCCCAUUGGUGGAUUUGGAGCAGCUUCUCGAUCGCCUGCUUUAUCUGCUGUUGAUGCAGGCGCAUUCGGAAGUAGUUUCGGGAGUCAGUCCAUGCUUUCGCCUUCAGUGCAAGAAGCAAUUCUGAACGCUACUGAGGGAGAUGACGGUUUCCCUGCUGCAUCUCAAGCCUUUGCUGCGAGAAGAGGUAGUAUAGAAGGAUUAGGAAUUGCAGGCAGUGAAGCAGGUGAGAGCGAAGAGCACAAUACAACAACUUCCCAUACUACACCUUCUCGUAAUAACAAACCAGUCGCAGCAACUAGAACGGUUUGGGGAACUCCAGCUGCGAAAGGCAAUAGCUUUUCUCACGCACUACAUAACUCAUCAAGAGCACCUGCCGGUCAAGGAGAAGAAGAUGGACCAGACUGGGAUGCUUGGCUUGAAUUGGAAGAGGACUUUAUUGUCGGUGCACGAAAUGGCAAUUCUGUUCGUGAAGGACGUGGUCUGAAUCGUCAAGCACGCAGAAGCCCAGGUAGAACAAAUUCGACCUCAGCUGCUACAAAUACUGCUCCUCCAAACAAUGAAGUGAAAGAGACGAAAGAAGGUGAAAGUCAAAGUCCAGCCAAACAAGAAGUCGUGCAAGAGGAAACAGUCAAACCAUCACCGCCUCAACCACCACAACAGACUAAGCAGCAAAAGAAGAAAAAGCUCGUCCUUACUUCGGGUGGUGGAGGACGCGGAACCCGUUGAAAGAUUAUCGUUGGAUAGCUCUCUCUCCUUCAUUUGUAUUCUACCCAUGCCAACUUUCCCUUACAUACAGCACUGAUUUCAAUUGCAAUUGCUUGCACACUGUUUUCCUUUUGUUGAAUCAAAUUCAUGCUCAUAAACAUCGAUGCGUAUUGCAACAUAAAUAAAACAGCAUGAUAUAUCGUACAUUACUAAGACGCAAAACGAUCAAGAAGA